UGGCAUUCUGUGAGAAAUCAGCUUUGAAUAGAUUUCUGGAGAGAAAAGAUUAAUUAGUAGAUUUAUAAUAAAAUGACAAAACAGCCGGAGUUCUACAGCUAUGCACUCUAAAGAGUUCGACGUGAUGUCAAAGCCUCGUGACAUUUGACGUCACAUUCAGGUGAAUUGAUAAACAUUGCCAAAUACACACCAUCAUCUGAUCGUUGCAGUUAAAACAAUACAACUCAGCUAACAUCGGCAUUUGUGUGAAUUAUUUGUAAGAAGGUAUAUUGAUAAUUAAGAAAGAAAAAUGUCUGGAUUAUACCCGACUUUAGAAGACAUGAAAGUCGACCAAAUGGCACAGGCUCAGCAGAGGUACGAGUCUGCAGCCAGUGGUCAAAUAACCUACCCACAACAAGGGGGAUCACAGCAGCCCCAACCCUACCCGACACAGCAAGGUUCAGCUCUCUACCCAUCACUUGGGAGCUACAUGGGCCUUGAACUUACUCCAACAUUUGUGGAACAAAACAUGCCUGUUGUGGCUCAGUCCAUGCAGGUUGGAGUUCGCACAAACACAUCUGGUCAAACCCAAAUAGCCCCCAUCACAGGUAACAACAAAGGAUUACAGCGGGCUGAAAUCAAACAGGGUAUUCGGGAAAUCAUUACUUGUAAAGAUGCUGACGGAAAGCUUGGACUCCGGUUACGGCAUGUGAACAAUGGUUUAUUUGUAGCACUAGUGCAGAACAAUUAUCCUGCCGCUCUGGCGGGGCUUAGAUUUGGUGACCAGAUUCUACAAAUCAACGGUAAAGAUGUAGCUGGCUGGGACACAGACAAAGCCCACAAGUUCCUGAAGGAGGCCCCAGCCGACAGAAUAACAUUCGCUGUCAGAGACAGGCCAUUUGAAAGAACAAUCACCAUGCAGAAAGAUAGCCAAGGAUACAUUGGCUUUGUGUUUAAAAAUGGAAAGAUCGAGUCCAUUGUGAAGGACUCCUCAGCUGCCAGAAAUGGAAUAUUGACAGACCACCAGUUAAUCGAAGUCAACGGCCAAAAUGUAGUAGGAAUGAAGGAUGACGACAUUGGUGAGAUUAUUGAUGCUGGAGGCAGGACCAUUACAGUCACCAUCAUGCCCAGCUUCCUCUAUGAUCACAUCUGUAAAUGCAUGGGAAGUAGUCUGAUGAAAAAGUUGAUGGACCAUUCAAUUCCUGAUGUAUAAACUGUUGAAACACUACUCAAAAAAAGUACAUCUUUGUGAUGAAGUGAUAGUACAUAACAGUGAUGUCAAUCAACAGAUUUGAUAAGUUUACUGUACAUAGGAAUAUGUUCACUUUACAUGUAUCUGAAGACUUCUGGAGGGGGGAUUUUUACCAUGUAUUACAAAACCAUAUAAAUGUAAUAUUUGUAUACGAAUGAUGAGUCGUGUUUUAUGUUCCAGUACAUGUACAUAUAUAGAUCUGUUGAAAUUCCACUGUAUUUUAAAUGAUUUUAUAUUUGUUCACAUCUCUUACUGUAUACUCCUAGUUUCCCUAUUGUAUGUAUUGUAAUGGAGAAUAUAUCAUAUCAUGUUUUUUGACAUUCUCAAUGCUCUUCACUGUCUAUCAGUCAUAAAAAAUUAUUAGAAUACAGAAUUACAUGUAUUAGAAAAUAUCAGUCUCCUCGAGUUCAGAGACAAGGAAUUUUUUCCCAAAUAUAAGAAAUUUUACUUGUCUCUCUGGAUAUGUAAUGGAUAUGAAAAACACUGUUUUCUUUGUUGUUGUUUUUUUGUGUGGUUUUUUUUUGUGCAUUGUUUUUCGGUUUUAGUGCUCAAAUAUUGUAUUCAAAUCCACCAAAGAUACAUCUUGCAAUUUUGUAUAUAACUUUUGGUGAUUUCAUCUUGUGAUUUUUGUGCAAUUCUGAUAAGUUUAAACUAGAAUUAAAAAAAAAAACAUUCCUAUUUACACAACUAUAUGUACAUGUGUGGCAUGCAUCAUUGUUUCCAGCCAUUUGUCAGUGUAAGACGCUCUGUUAUGGGACACAAACUGAAAGUUUUGUACAAGUGCUUUGUUAUAAUCAUUUAGACCACAAUACCAUAUAUCAGGCAAUAUCGACACUCAAUUUGGAAAGGAAUUUAUAAAACAAAAGCACAAGUGUAAUCCAGUGGUGAAAUUCCUUCCAAAAUUAUUAUCCCUUAUUUAAGCUACGGACCAUCAUCCCAAGACAAUAAAUCACAAAUUGGCCUGAUAUAUGGUAUGAAGGUGGUGAACUCAUUAGUACCAAUGUAAUGUACACAUUAUUUGAUGUAGUUUCAAUGCAACAAUGCAAAUCCUGUUGUAAUAAUGAAAUUUCGAGCUGCUUACAAAAAUUCUUUUUUAUUUAUUUUUAUUGUCAUUAAAAGUUGUUGAAUACUUAA